GUCGUGGCACAGGAACACACCUUCACAACCUGAGAUCACCCCUCCUCUCUCUUUCUCAAAACUUCACCAACAAAACUCACUACAAAUUCUCCCUGCGAGAAUGGUUUCCUCUAAAGAGGACAAGUCAGGCGGCCUGAUCUACAACAUGAAACUAUCCUCGGUUGGACCGGGAAGAUAUACAGGACAAGACAUCGUUCAUGAGCCAAACGACAUGGACUUAGCAAUGAAGUUACACUACCUUAAAGGUGUAUAUUAUUUUCCAAGCCAAGCAUUUGAUGGUUUACCCAUCAGGAAAAUGAAGGAACCAGUGUUCACUUGGUUCAACCAUUUCUACAUAACUUGCGGCCGGUUUAGGAGAUCAGAAGAGUCUGGCCGGCCAGUCAUCAAAUGCAAUGACUGUGGUGCAAGGUUUAUUGAAGCCCAAUGUGAUAAGACCUUGGAUGAAUGGCUUGAGAUGAAGAAGCACGAUCCUGCUCUCGAGAAGCUUCUUGUUUCUGAUAAAAUUAUUGGUCCUGAGUUGGGAUUUUCUCCCCUUGUUUUCUUACAGUACACAAAAUUCAAAUGCGGAGGAAUGGCAGUUGGGUUGAGCUGGACCCAUGUUCUUGGCGAUGCAUUUUCAGCUGCAGAAUUCAUGAACAUGUUAGGAAGAAUCCUAGCGGGCGAUGAGCCCCAGAGGCUGCUCAACACAGCCCAAUCACUCAACAAGAAUCAAGAUCCUGGAAGCCCAAAAAGUAUGAUGGAGGAUCCACUUUCCGUGAAGCGUGUUGGCCCAGUUGCAGACAAAUGGAUAACUGUCAAUACCUGUAACAUGGAGACAUUCUCAUUCCAUGUCACCCCUACUGAAUUGAGCGAUAUUCAGUCAAGGAUAAGUGGGAAAUAUGGCCCUAAAAUUGCCCCUUUUGAGUCCCUUUGUGCUGUGAUUUGGAAGUGUGUAGCCAAAAUUAGGCAUGGAAAUGAACCAAAAGUUGUGACAAUUUGCAAGAAGGAUUCAAGAAACAAGGGAGAUGGAAGAUUGAGCAAUAGCCAAAUAAUUAGUGUAGUGAAAGCAGACUUUGCUAUUGCAAAAGCCAGCCAUGAAGAAUUGGCAGCAAUGAUCAAGAAUCAGGCGAUCGACGAGCGAAAAAAGAUCGAAGAAGUUAUGGAAAGGGAUCAAGGGUUGGCUGAUUUUGAGGUUUAUGGUGCAAAUUUGACCUUUGUGAAUUAUGAGGAUGCCAAUUUUCAUGGAUUUGAAUACAAUGGAACAAAACAAGUUGGUGUUAGCUAUUGGAUUGAUGGAGUAGGUGAUGAAGGGGCUGUUUUGGUGCUGCCGGGGCCAAAUGAUGGUGGCUUUGGGAGGAUUGUGAGAGUGAUUUUGCCAGAGAAUGAGAUUGUGGAGUUGAGAAGGGAGUGGUCUAUUGCUUAAACCUGUUGAAUGCACUCUUCUAUCAAACUUUCUUUGGCCACCAAAAAAAAAAAGGAGUUUGAAGUACUAAUAAUUAUACUGUGUUGUGUUAAUUCUUGCAUUAAAGAACUCUUGGCUUUCAUGGCAUUGUAAAUAAGGAAAAUGUAAAGUUUGUGCUAGAAAAAAGGCACAAGGCCUGUAUAAUACUUUCCUUUCACUAGUUUGAAUUUAAUUGCGAAAGAUUAGCAGUUGUAUGUGCUUAAAAUGUAUUA